AUGCCCAUGUUUGAUGUUUUGCAGAAAGACUUGUCGCUCAACGCUACAACGAUCCGUCGCACCGCGGUGCCGUCUUACCAGUCAACGAGCUUCGAAUGCGUAUGCCACGACCUCGGCUUAUCUUCUUCGCCACGUCCUGCAAAACUUGGUCAAUCGGUUCCUGACUUUCUUCGGGAUGCUCCGUCAACCGUCUCUUGCCAUGUUUCGUUUCAGUGCCAUUCGAGCUGCUCUUCAUCGGGUCCAUCCCGGUCCACCUUUGUGUGGCUCGAUCGUCAGGCCAAGUCCAUGUGGGAGGGUGGCGAAUGGGGCACGAAGCGGCCGUCUCAACCUUGGAUUCUUCCGCAUUCAAAUGCUGCUAGCAUGAGUAGCUGGGCAUUUGUCCGGAUCAGCUCGGCUGCUUGUAGAGUUACAUGCACUCAAGCUGCGUACUGUGCGUACGAAACGAAGGUGGAAUGUUCUCCCCUGGAUGACGAUGGGAGAUUUGAUGGUUGCUCCUCAUCUCUAGUCUCCGGUUGA